CUUCAUUAUUCAUGUCAUACGUAAAUUAUGUAAACAGUAUACAGUAUAAUUCCAUAAAUCUUAAUUAUAACUGAUCUAUUCUAUGCAUUCAAAAUUCUAUAAUUUCUUUAUUUUAACGUUUUGUGAAUAUAGUAAAACUAGGACUAAUAAAUGCAUAGUGUGAUUUUAAUAAAGAAUGCAUUUACAAUCAAUUUAAAUAUUUAAUCAAUAAUAUAACAUAUAGAGUAUUUGUAAAUUACCAAUUUUUCAUAUAAAUUAAUUUUUGCCUAUUAAAAAUAAUAAUGAGGGACAUCACUCAAAAUAAACUUAUUGAAUUGCAACAUAAAACCGAUUCAAUUCGUAAUAUUUGUAUAAUGGCUCAUGUUGAUCAUGGGAAAACAACGUUGGCAGACUCUUUAGUAGCCAGUAAUGGUGUUAUAUCUCAGAAGAUGGUUGGAAAACUAAGAUACAUGGACAGUAGACGGGAUGAACAACAACGUGGAAUCACAAUGAAAAGCUCAUCAAUAGCACUGUAUCAUUGUAAAAGUAUGAUAUACGUAUAUUUUCAAUAUUAAUAGCAUAUUAUAUAUAAUUUUAUUACCUAACUAUAAAAAUAAUUUAUUUUUUAAAUUUCAUUAUAUGUUUUCAGACGACUCUGAAUUCCUUAUCAAUGUCAUUGAUUGUCCAGGCCAUAUAGAUUUUUUCUCUGAAGUUUCUACAGCACUCAGAAUUUGUGAUGGAGCUAUUAUUCUUGUUGAUGUUGUUGAAGGGGUUUGUCCGCAAACACAGGUAAAGUAUUAAUGAAUUUAUUUUUCAAAUUAAUGUAAAAUAUAAUACAAAGAUAAAAUUGAAUUACUUUUUAUAUUAUAGGCAUGUUUAAAACAAGUUUGGUCAGAAAAUAUAAAGCCUGUGUUGGUGUUAAACAAAAUUGAUAGAUUAAUAUUGGAAUUAAAUUUGACCCCAUUAGAUGCUUAUAUUCAUUUAACUCAAGUUCUUGAACAAGUAAUUAUGUCUCAAAUUUCAAUUAAUAAUAAUUAAUUAUUAUUAAUAUUAUGAAUUUGUUCAUAUUUAGAUAAAUGCUGUAGUCGGAGAACUUUUUAAAAAUGAUGUAUUUGAAAAAGAAGCUGACACUAAAGAGCACAGUGGUAUUCAGUCAGGUGAAGAUUUAUACAAUCAGUGGAGUACUGCCAUUGAAGCUGCUGAUGAUUCAGAUUUGUAUUUUUCACCACAACAAGGCAAUGUUGUUUUUGCAUCUGCAGCUGAUGGUUGGGCUUUUAGGUAUAUGAAUAAUGUAUUUUUGCAUUUGUAUUGUUUUAAAUGUAAUAUUUUAUAUUAAGUUAUAAAAAAACUGUUUUUAUAAGUUAAUAUACAUUAUUAUACUUACUAAAGUGGUUUUAGUAUAGAAACGUUUGCAAAUUUAGUGGCAAAAAAACUUUGUGUUAAUGUGGAUGUUUUAAAAAAGACAUUGUGGGGAGAUUUUUAUUUAAAUUCAAAAACCAAACGAAUUAUGAAGGGUGCCCAAGAGAAAGCCAAAAAACCAAUUUUUGUUCAAAUGAUACUUGAAAACAUUUGGCUUAUAUAUGAUGUAAUAAUUAAUCAAAAGGUAAAUAAUAUUUUUAAUUAAAUACAAUACAAACAAUAUUUAUUGAUAUGUGUGAACAUUUAUUUUUAGGAUAAGGAACGUUUAUUAAAAAUUUCAGAAAGUAUGAAUGUAACUCUUUUUGCUAGAGAUUUACGUCAAACAGACACUAGAAUAUUGUUGCAAUCUUUUUUAUCACAAUGGAUUCCUUUAUCUAUAUCAGUUUUAGGUAACUAAAUUGUAUACACAUUUAAAUUUUAUUUACUAGGUAAGUAAAAUUUUUAAAUUGUAAAACCUUAGGUAUGGUGUGUGAUAAGUGUCCAGCACCAAAUCAACUUACUGAUAUCAAAAUUGAAAACUUACUUUGUCCUCCAAUGAAAGAAUUUAAUCUUAUGCCUAAAGAAACUAUUGCCCUAAAGAGUGAUUUUUCAAAGUGUUGUUUAGAUGAUACUUCUGUUUCAGUUAUAGCUUUUGUUUCGAAAAUGUUUCCGGUAUGUACAUAUUUACCUAUUUUUUUAUUACAUAAAAUUGUUAUGCCUAUUUGUUUAAUAUAAUUUUAGAUAAAGCGGAAAUAUUUACCUCAAAAUAGACCAAAAGUAUUAACUGCAGAGGAAAUAACUAAACGACGAGAGCUUGCAAGAAUAAAGCAUGCUUUAAAAAAUAGUUUAAUAAAACCAGAAGAAUCUGUAAUGGAACCUAAUGAUUGUAUAGUCAACAACAAAGAAGAAAAUAAGCCUGAAAUUGUAGAGUUAAUACAAAACGAGAAUGAUAUAAUGUUUAUUGCAUUCGGAAGAAUUUACAGUGGAACAAUUAGACGUGGUCAAGAAGUGUAUGUUUUAGGACCAAAACACGAUCCAUCAAAAAUAAAAGACAAAGUAUGUUCUAUGCUAUUAUUGUAUAUUUAACGUAAUUUAUACUAUUGUAAUAUUAGUAAAUAAUAUAUAUAUUAUAUAUAAUACAUUAUAACACAAAGGUAAUAAUAUUGAAAUAUUUAAUCCGACAUUUUUUUUAGGAUUUUAUUGUUGAUGAAAAAUCCACUUUGGCUACGAUAAAAUCUGACCAGCAUGUUAUGAAAACCACUAUAACUGAUUUAUAUAUGUUAAUGGGUAGGGAUUUAGAACCUGUAGAUGAAGUGCCAGCUGGUAAUAUAUUUGGUAAGAAGUUGUGAAAAAUGUUUCUCCAUACCAUGUAAUUUAAUUUUAUGUAUUCUAUCUUUUAGGUGCUGGUAACUUAGAACAGUAUAUUUUAAAGAGUGCUACUUUAUCGACAACUUUGGCUUGUCCGCCUUUCACUGAAAUAAAAGCUAUGGCUACACCGAUCAUGAGGGUUGCUGUUGAGCCAAAACAUCCAACAGAUUUACCUGAAGUUAUUAAGGGUCUUAAAUUGCUUAACCAAGCAGAUGCAUGUGUUCAGGUAACAUUAAUAUUGCUUUUGUGUUAUUAUUCAACUAGUUGUCCUCUGUCCAUCGUUUCCAGUAGCAAUUUUUUUAUUAAUUUUACCUUUAUUCCCAUAUUGCCUUGCCUGUAUCAGUAUAACGAACAAAAGAAAAUAAGUUGUUUAGUCCAGUUGACUAAAAGUGUUCUUAAAAUUUAUAGCGCAUCGUUUUGUGUUUUUUUUUUCGUCCAUUAACAUGGAAUAGUAGGUUUUAGUAACCUAAGGUAGCCUAUAGUGUAAAUAAUAGAAAUAAUAUUAAUAAUAAUAUCUUUAUCCAUAGCACCAAGGUAAUCCACGAAUAAACAAAUAAUGAAUAAAUAAACAAUUAACAAAAAUACCUAAAAACCUAAUUAUUUCAAUUUUCGUAGGGAUUCUUUUUUUUUCCAGUAAUAAAUAUAGCCUAUGUUACUCAGGUUACCCUUGAUAAUGUAGCAUUCUAAUAGUAAAAGAAUUUUUGAAAUCAGUUCAGUAGUUUUUAAAUUUAUUUGUAACAAACAUAAAAAAUAUUUCCUCUUUAUAAUAUUAGUAUAGUUAUAUUUAAAUAAUGAUUUGAUUUUAAAUAAAGAUUAAUAUACAUAUUAUAUAUAUUUUUUUAUUAUUGCAAAAAUAAAUGUUAGUUAAUGAUUUAUUAAUUUUUUCGAGUUUUGAGUUGAACCAUUGAAGUAUCUUUUUGCUUUGAUAUGUUUAAGACAUAUUUCAUCAAUCCAUUUUGACGUAUAAACUUUGCUGAUGUCAUCCUAGUAUAAACAUAAGUCUCUCCAACAAAAUUGUGUUUUUGACAGAGACCAGUCCAGAUUGUUGCAUUGUCUUACCAUUGUUAAUUUUGUCAAAUUCGUGACUUCACCUAUAGUUGAUUUUGCCUUCGAUAUGAUUUUCACUAAGUAAUAGAUAUCUUCUUUAUUAAAAAAAAAAACACUACAAUAGGUUUUGCAAACAAUUUUAUUUCCGUGGCUUUAAUAUCUUAUAACAUGUCAAUUUAAAAGUUAAAUUUAAUUGUUCUAUUGCAAUAUAAUACAAGUGCCUACAGUCUUCACAUGUAGUUAUUUUUGUUAAAUCCAAAUUCACCAUAAAUCUAUUUGGUGGUUUUAACUGUCUACAGUUGUAGCACUUGUAAAUAUUAAAAGGUUUUAAUGUUAUUUUAACUGCUGGAUGUUUCAGGUUAUUUCAGAAUCAUCUAAAAUUAAAUUUCAAUGAAUGUCCUUAGUAUUUUUAUUAUAUCAUUUUUUGAUUAAACUAUGUUUAACAUAAUUAUUGCUUGAUCUAACAAGUUAAUAAUAGUGUUUGUCAAAUCCUUCCCAAACAAAUGUAACAAUUUUUGUAUAAGCUUAAUUCUUUCAUUUUUAUUUAGAUGAUUUUUUUUCUGAGUAUUAUAAAGUGUUUUUAUAGUCAAAUUUAUUUGGCUAUUUGAGUUUCCUGAUGCUUAAUUCUUCAAAUACUUGUUGACACUUGUAGUAACCCUGUACCAAAUAAACUUAAACACAGGAAUUAGAGUUGUUUUAAGAUGGAUUGAAGUAAUAACAUUUUGGUUGAAUUUCACUAUGCUGUUGUGGGAGAAAAGUAUUUUUUUUAUAUAUAUCCCUAAAAACUCCCAAUUAAAGUCAAAGGAAUUAAAUUGUCUGUAUAUGUGGUGUAUGUAAAAUUAUGUGCUUUUUGGAGAUUUUAAUUUUAUACCCUCUUCUUAACCAUUUUCAUGUUUUCAUCGGAGAUACUAGGUUUUAAAUACUUCUAUAGACUAAAAUGUAAUAAAAUUCUGUCAACCUUAACUACUAUUUUAGAUAGAUUAUAGAAAAAAAUUAAAAACUGUCUAGUUUGGGGGAAAAUUCAACUAUAGUAAUUUAACUCUGCUGCUUACGGGUGUUUUUAAAUUAUAGUUAAAUACAAUAAUUGUUAUUUAAUAAUGUGGUAUGAUCAAAUUUUUAGGUAAUAAUGCAAGAAACUGGUGAGCAUGUAAUUGUGACUGCAGGUGAAGUACAUCUACAGAAAUGCUUAGAUGACCUUCGUGAAAGGUAUAAUUGGAUAAAUAUACAAUCAUUAGAAACUUAAAUAUUUGUUUUUGUCAAAAUUGAAAUGUUUAUUAUUAGUUAAAAUUAGUGGUUUAUCAAUUCAGAAGUAUGUAAAUACUAAGUAAAAAUAUGUAUUUACAAACUAAUUUUUUUUUAUAGGUAUGCUAAAGUAGAUAUUGUGGCUUCAGCUCCUAUAGUGCCUUUCCGUGAGACAGUUGUGGUACCUCCUAAAAUGGAUAUGGCAAAUGAAAUUGUUGAAACCCAAAAUCAAGUAAUUAUCUUAAUAUAGUGCAAUGAUAUUAUUGAAUAUUUGGUUUUUGAAAAUAAAUAAAUAAUCUAUUUCUACAUUUGAUAUAACUAAUUAAUAGUUCAUCUAUUAAUUUACAAAAAAUGAAUUAAAAAUAUUGAAAAAAUAAAUGAUUUAAGUUGAUAUAACAGAUAAAUUGAACAGAUUUAUUUAGUUUUUGUGUAUUUUUUUUUUUUAACUUUCAAUUUUCUUAUUACAUUAUUAAAUCUUUAUCUAUUUAUUAAAUUUUUUUAAAACUUAUUACAAUUUUGACUAUUAUAGUGUUAUGUAAAGUAAAACAAAUUAUCUAUUUCAUAUUAGUGUUUGCACAAUGUUAAGAAUCUGGGAUGGAUAUCCUUCCAGGAGCAGACAUAGGACAGCAUAAACUUACUGCUAAUUUGCAAUUGGUGUGUCCACUAUGCCCCUUUUUUUACUUAUUAGUUAUUAUUGAGUAUUGUUUGUGUUUUAGAAAAAUGAAACAGAAGAAAAUCUUACAGGUGUUCUGAAUGUUUAUACAUCAAAUCAUCUAUGUUGUAUUAAACUGCGAGCUGAACCUUUGCCAAUAGCAGCCACAAAUCUUUUGGAGCAAUCUGCAGACAUUAUAAGAGCACUGUCUGAACAACAAGCCGAAAAUAUAACUGACACUUUAGAGCGACUAGAAAUCAAUGAUAAUGUUUCUAAUGUAAACAUUAAAAUGACUAUUGAUUCAUUUCAGUUACAAUUGCAAGAAGCACUUGGAGAUAGUAUUGACAUUUCACAAAUAUGGGCUUUCGGUCCUAGAAAAUGUGGUCCAAAUAUUUUAUUAAAUAAAAUAUCAAGUAAAUACCUAUUAUUUAAAUAAUUUCAAACAAUUAUAUAAAAUAUAUUUUGACAUAAUAAAAACUACAUUGUUCUUUCAAGGAAAUCUCAGUUCUUACAAUAAUAAUGGUAUUAAUUUUGUUUUUUUCCCAUUCAUUUUUUUAAUUUAUUUAAUUCAACUAACAUAUAAUACUAAUCAAAUUGAUUUUCAUAAUAUUAUUUAAAUCUAUUUCAUUUGUUAUAGUUGUGAAUAAUACAUUCAACUUCUUACAAUUAAUUUUCAUCAGAAUCUUAUCAGUUAUCAUAUUUUAUUUAAAAUUUUCAUUUAUGUUUAUUUUUUAAUUCAAAUUGUUUAAUUAUUAGAAUAUUGUUAAACUAAUGAAAAUUCUUAACUUUUUGUAUUAAGAUUAUACGCGGUCUGUAUGGAAACCAAAAGAUAAUGUAAAUGAUGUGUUAACAAAGUAUGAAAACAGUUUUGUCAAUGGAUUUCAAAUAGCCACAUUAGCUGGUCCCCUAUGUGAAGAACCAAUGAUGGGGGUAUGUUUUGUUGUUGAGAACUGGACAAUUGAUGACUCCCAACAAAUAUCAUCGUAAGUGAUUACUGAUUUAUUAAUUUUAAGUCUAUACUAAAAUGUAAUGAUAAACUAUAAAUAAAAAAAAAAAAAAACAAAAACAAACCAAAAACAGAGAUCCUUAUGGCCCUAUGUCUGGACAAAUCAUGUCUGCUGUAAAAGAUGGAUGUAGAAAAGCAUUCCAAGCUAAGCCACAAAGACUUAUGGCAGCCAUGUAUACUUGUUCUAUUCAAGCUAAUGCUGAAAUAUUGGGUAAUAAACAUCAUAUUUUUUCUUAUAAUAUAUUUGAUAUUAAGUUUAACUUUUUUAAAAUUAGGUAAAAUGUAUGCUGUUUUGGGAAGAAGACACGGUAGAGUGAUCAGUUCUGAUAUGACCCAUGGAGGAGCGUCUACAUUUAAUAUAACAGCUUUAUUACCAGUAGUAGAGAGCUUUUCAUUUUCUGCUGAAAUACGCAAACAGACUUCUGGUUUGGCUAGCCCCCAAUUAGUAUUUAGUCAUUGGGAGGUAAUUAUUACCAUUUAAAAAAAAAAAAUUUAAUGGAUUUUAAUUGUAAUUUGUUCUAUAGGUGAUUGAUAUUGAUCCAUUUUGGGUACCUAAUACCGAAGAAGAAUUGGAACUUUUUGGAGAAAAAUCAGAUUCUGGUAAUCGAGCUUUAAAUUACAUGAAUGCGGUUCGCAGGCGUAAAGGUUUGUCAGUGGAAGAGAAAAUUGUAGAGUUUGCCGAAAAACAACGUACUCUAUCAAAAAAUAAAUAAAUAUUGUUUAUUAUUUUAUAAAAAUUAUAUUAAAACAAAAUUUGUUAAAAGUAUUUUUUUUUUAAUAUAAAAAUUGUUUUUAUUUUUUUUUCUCAGUUUUUUUAGCAGCUUUCUUUUUCAUCAUUUGAACUCUCUUUUCCAUAGCAGACAUCAUGGUACUAGAAGUAGGUGGAUAAUGUUUAGGACUGCUAUUGGCAGAGGAUGAUUUUGAUUUACUAGGACUCGCUUUAGCACCUAAAAAACGGAAACAUGUAAUAAUCAAAUAUUAUUUUAUAGUUCAUAAGUAUUAAUGAAUUUACUUUGAGAGGAUUUGCUGCUAGAUGAUUUUUCUGCUUUAGAUCCAGUAUUUUUGGAAGAGCUUUUCUUACUUUCCUUUCCCGAUGAACGUGAUUCCUUUGUGGACUAAAUAUUAAAAAAUAUUUUAAAUAAAAGCGGCUAACCAAAUCAAUUAAUUUAUAACUUACAACUUUUUGAGUGUCUUUCUGUCUACAAUUACUACAAUACCAGACAAUUCGUGGAUCAUUUAAGUUAAUAUCUGUUAUUGGAGGGAAAUGACAGUUUUGAUGGUACAUUGAAUGACAUUCCAAACAUUCUACGAGACUGUUUCCGCUAUUAACAUUACUCCCUCUCCAAUAAU